CCUAAAAUCAAGAAAACUGUAUGAUCAAUAUCAUUAAUAAUUGAAAAGGUUACCAAGUUGGUUCAGUUGGGUUCAAAUUGGUCCAGUUCAAUUUCUCCCACCUACACCAUGUCUAUAUAAGCUGCAAACACAUGCAUUCCCAGAUCAACCCAAGCAACAGCUUGCUUAUCCAUAUUACUCAUACCGCAAUUGAACAAGUUUUCAAAAGCACUAUGGCCAUUGUCAAAUUUCUCAUGGUUCCUCUUCUUCUGUUUGUUCUAGUUUCAGGAUUGGCCGAGAGCUUUGAAUUCAAUGAGACGGAAUUAGCAUCAGAACAGAGUCUAUGGAAGCUGUAUGAGAGGUGGAGUAACCACCAUACAAUCUCAAGGGACCUAAAGGAGAAGCACAGACGUUUCAGUGUGUUCAAAGAGAAUGUGAACCAUGUGUUCACAGUGAACCAAAUGGAAAAACCCUACAAGUUGAGGCUGAACAAGUUCGCAGAUAUGAGCAAUUAUGAGUUUGUGAACUUAUAUGCUCGCUCCAAUAUUAGCCACUACAGGAAGUUAUAUGGCAGCAGAAGAGGAGGUGCUGGUGGAUUCAUGUAUGAGCAGGUUACAGACCUUCCUCCAUCCAUUGAUUGGAGGGAAAGAGGAGCUGUCAAUGACAUCAAGGAACAAGGCGUUUGUGGUAGCUGUUGGGCGUUUUCGACUGUGGCUGCAGUUGAAGGAAUCAACCAAAUCAAAACCGGCCAGCUAUUGUCUCUUUCAGAGCAGGAGCUGCUGGACUGCAAUUUAAGGAACAGAGGUUGUAACGGAGGAUUCAUGGAGAUCGCUUUUGAUUUCAUAAGUCGAAAUGGUGGAGUUACCACGGAGAACAACUAUCCCUACCAUGCUCAAAGAGGAUUCUGUCGCCUAUCGAGAAGGAAUUUACCGAUAGUAACCAUUGAUGGAUACGAAACCGUACCUGAAAACGAGAAUGCUCUGGCGCAAGCCGUCGCAAACCAACCGGUCUCAGUCGCCAUAGACGCCGCUGGAAGAGAUUUCCAAUUCUACUCGGAGGCAAGUUCCUAGUUCACUCGAGCAAUCGAUUGCUUCAUCAUAACUUAAAAUCAUACUUGCUAUGCCUACAAAAACUUCAUCCUUUGUAAUCGAAAUCCGUGGCUAAAUUGCAGGGAGUGUUCGAUGGGGAAUGUGGAACACAGCUUAAUCACGGAGUAGCGGCC